GCCACUUGUGUCCCUUCCAACUUAUAUAUAUACAUAUCAUAGCUACUCCAACUCCCAUAAAUCAAAAUUUGGGUUAACCGUUAACCUCUCAGAUUAAGGGAUUGCAAAAAGGCAGAAAUGAAGAUGAAGAUUGUGAUCAAAGUGCCACUGCAUAAAGAGAAGGAUAAAUCCAAGGCCAUGAAGAUUGUUGUGGCUGAAGAAGGAGUGAUCUCGGUGAGUAUCGGAAAAGAUAACGAUCAGCUUGAAGUGGUCGGAGAAGGGGUUGAUUCUGUGUGUUUGGCAAAAUCUCUUCGGAAGAAAUUUUGUUUUGCUGAUAUUUUAAGCGUUGCAGAAGUGAAGCCGGAGAAGAAGUCACCGGAAAAAUGUCAGCUGCCAUUUUGUAUGUUCCCGCCGCCGCCUUGCCAACCUUUCUACGAGCGCCACUAUUAUGAUGAUCCUGGAAAUCCUAGUUGUUGCGUUAUGUAAAUCAAGUUGUGUAUUAAUUCUUCCAAAAUUAAACAUUUGUAUUAUUAAUUUGUAACAUGAGAAUCUCAGUUUGAACUUUUAAUUGUAUGAUUUUAGUUACUUGAA